UUAUUCGUGCUAUCUUAUCAUCUUCUUUGCCCAAUGGCAAAAUCUUCUCCCUUUGCUGCAGACUCCCUCUCGAUUCCUUCAAUGCUGCUCUUUGCUCUCAUGGUGUUUACAAUCCUGCACAGGACAGCUGCCCAGACAGGCGUUUGUUACGGGAUGCUUGGCAACAAUCUACCAUCGGCGCAAGAAGUCGUGGCCCUUUACAAGCAGAACAACAUCCCCACCAUGCGAAUCUACGACCCAAAUCCGCAGGCUCUUCAAGCCCUCGGCGGGUCUAACAUCGAGCUCGUGCUAGGCCUCGCGAACCCCGACCUCCAAAGCAUCGCCUCCAGCCAGGCCAACGCCAGCGCAUGGGUCCAGAACAACAUCAAGAACCACGGCAACGUCCGGUUCAAGUACGUCGCGGUCGGCAAUGAGGUCAAGCCCUCCGACUCGUUCGCCCAAUUCCUCGUCCCCGCCAUGCGCAACAUCCGGACUGCACUCGCCGGCGCCGGCCUCGAGCAGAUCAAGGUCUCCACAUCGGUCGACACGGGCGUGCUCAGCGAGUCCUUUCCUCCCUCCAAAGGCGUGUUUAGGUCCGAUUACAUGCCUCUCCUCGGCCCCAUUAUUGGGCUCUUGGUCGAGACCCAAGCCCCCUUGCUAGUGAACGUGUACCCUUACUUCAGCUACAUCGGCGACCCUCAAGGCAUUAGAUUGGACUACGCGCUAUUCACGGCGCCCUCGGUGGUGGUCACGGACGGGGCAUUGGGUUACCAGAACCUCUUCGACGCUUCACUGGAUGCGGUCUACUCUGCGCUCGAGAAGGCCGACGGCGGCUCACUGAAGAUCGUCGUGUCGGAGACCGGGUGGCCUUCGGCCGGAGGAGGGGAGGCGACAACGCUCGACAACGCGAGGACUUACAACACCAAUCUGGCCAAGCAUGUCAAGGGAGGGACACCGAGGAGGCCCCGUGGCCCGAUCGAGACGUACGUUUUCGCCAUGUUCGACGAGAACCAGAAGAGCCCCGAGACUGAGAAGUACUGGGGGCUUUUCCUUCCCAACAAGCAGCCUAAGUACUCGAUCGAUCUCAAUUAGGAGAGGAUCUUGUCAGGUCCUAUUAUGAUGCCGUGUGGGGGGGUGCAAUGAGAGCAUGUUAUAACCCCGAAAAAAUAAAAGGAGCAUCACUAGUCGAAUCGAUUUACAUAUGGAUUAAAUUUCUGUUUCGAUGAUGAUUACUUUCCUCAUUUCGAUCAUUUACUGUUGUCGGUAGUAUCUGAUUCA